GGAGGACAGGGUCUAAGUUUAGGACAUCGCCAGAGCGGCCGCCAGCAGCCUGAGAGGAGGACAGUUCAGCCUCAGUGGGGAUAAGGAGACAUCCUGGUUGCCAUGGCAUCAGCAAAAGAGAGCAUGGAGCACAGCGAUCAGAAGGUACCUGACGGAGACGAGGAGGAGAGAGACGUCAAAGGAGUCCAGUCCCAUUACCUGCGCUGCCCCUCCCCCAGCUUUUCCAUGGCUUCAGAGUCCAGGUUUUCCAUGCUCUCUGGAUCCGGUGCUGCCAGCAUCUUCAUGGAGCCCAUCCACCUGUCCUCGGCCAUAGCUGCCAAGAAGAUCAUAAACGAGGAGCUUCCACCUCGUGGCGUACGCACCGAGUCUGUCCCAGAAUCCAUGCUGGAAACUGCAGAGCAGCUGAUGGUGGAGGACCUCUACAACCGUGUCAGGGACAUGAUCGACGACCGCAGCCCUUACAACACCCCCUGUGUGCUGGACAUCCAGAGGGCCAUGGUGCAGGACCGCCUGGAGGCUCCCGUUAACCCCGCUGAUGAGGUGUGGCCCAACAUCUUCAUAGCUGAGAAGUCUGUUGCAGUCAACAAGGCCCGUCUAAAGAGAAUGGGCAUUACACACAUCCUGAACACCGCUCAUGGUACGGGAGUCUACACCAACGCGUCCUUCUACGCCGGCAUGAACAUCCAGUACAUGGGCAUCGAGGUGGAUGACUUUCCAGACGCUGAUAUCUCCCUGCACUUCCGACCCACCGCUGAAUUCCUGGAUGAGGCUCUGCUCACGCACAAAGGAAAAGUUCUUGUGGUUUCCAUGAUGGGCAUCAGUCGCUCUGCUAUCCUGGUGGCAUCCUAUCUGAUGAUCUUCCAGAACAUGAGCAUCAUGGAGGCCCUGACUUCCAUAAGGAAAAAACGCCCCAUCAACCCCAACGAAGGCUUCCUGAAGCAGCUACGCGAGCUCAAUGAGAACCUGAUGGAAGAGCGUGACGAUGAUGAUGAAACCCUCAGCCAGUGCUCUGUGAUUGAUGCUCAAGCCCGCGCUCGGAUUUUCGGUGAAGAUGGUGAUGACAGUGAGGAUACGGAUAAAGAGGAAGAACAGAGCAUGAUGGAGGUGAAAGCUCACUCCAUCAUGAUGGAGGAAGAGGAGGAUGACGGAGAGAGUGUGAUGAGCAGCAUCGCUUCUUCUGCAGCUGCCGCUGUGCUCAGAAAUGGGCCAGUCAGAGUCCAGAACGGGCCCGACGGCCAGGCUACACCUGUCCAUGAAGACAAGCUGGAUCUGCCGGAGCAGAACGGCGAGGAACAAGGAGACGAUGACGAUGGUCUCGACAGCAUGAUCCGCGAGUGGCAGCGCAGGAAUGAGAAGUACCAGAGCGACGAGUGGUGGGAGGAGCAGCUCAACAGCAAGGAGGACGGGGAGUCUCUCACAGAGGGACGUCCAAAGAAGACGAAAGAGGUCGAAGACGCAGACUUGGAGAGCGUCACCAGUGAGGACAUACAAGCUGUGAAGGAGCGACUAAAGCGUCGUGGCAGGCGUCCUCCCACUGACGCUAUGUCCACCUCCAGCUGCACCAGCUAUUCAGAUCUUUGGAAACAGCGUCUGAAGGAGAUCGAGGAACAAGCUGCCGCUCGCUACCACAGCAAAGGGGACGACGAAGGCAGUGAGAGCUCCACUACUGAAGGGGACGGAGGUAAGAAGAUCGACGAUGAAGUCAACAGUAUCCUCUCUGACACCAGUUCCAUGUACAAUUUCUGUCAGAAGAACAAAGAGAAGAUGACACCUCUGGAGCGUUGGCGCAUUAAGAGGAUCCAGUUUGGUUGGAAUAAAAAAGAUCAGGAGGAUGGAGAGAAAAGUUCUGUCAGUGACAGAGAGAAAGGUGAUGGCAAGGGGGAAGCCAGGACGCCGUCCUUCCAAGACAUCAACCUGACGGCGUACCAGGCGUGGAAGCUCCGUCAGCAGAAACGUCUCGGUGAGGAGAACACGGACGAGAUUCUGGAGCUGAGCCGGGGUGAGGACUCCGCCAAGAUCAAGAGGAGGCAGAGACGGGAGGAGAUUUUGGAGAGGUCCAAAAAGACUUUGGAGGAGAGUCAGUCCAUGUGUGGCUGGGAGACAGAGAGCAGCAUCAGCGGAGGUACCAUACCUCUUUCCGCUUUCUGGGCUGGAGCCGGCGUCACAGGCCCGCCAAGUGUCGCCAAUGAUGACGGGAUGUCCACCAUCAGUGGAAGAUCUUCUGUUAUAUCCUCAGUUUCACAAUCUCGCAGCUCCAGAUCCACACAGUCUGCAGUCCCACUGAAUCCAGUUCCUCCCAUCCUCCCAGUUCAGCCUGUUCAAGGACCUGGAGGCGAACCAAUGGUCAACCUGGCCAGCAUCCAGAACUGGAUUGCCAAUGUGGUCUCUGAGACAAUCAAACAGAAGCAGAGUGAACUGAGCCUACCUCGUCCAUCGCGUGCCGGCUCUGAGUUUAGUUUCAGUGGUGCUCCAAGCGUGCUGUCAGGCCGUGGCUUGGACGAUGACAAGGCGUCCUUACUAAGUGGAGCAUCCUAUGCCAGCAAUCUGUCCAAGGGUCACGGCCGGGCAGCAUCUGUCCUCUCAGGUGGUGGGUCAAGCAGCAUCUCGGACCUCAGUGGGCGAGGAUCGGCCCCGGGCUUGGGCCUUGGCUCCAGCUUCACUCUGGGAUCCAAGAAAAACAAGAUCACCACCACCAGCGUCCCUCUGUUCAGCCUCUUUCAGGACCAGGUCAAUCUGGACAAACUGGAUGCCAUCGACAGGGAGAUCAAGUCUGACAUGAGGGACAAAAUGACAACCUACGAAAAGAAGAAGAUUCUAGAGGACAACAAGCGCAGUACCCUUUACAAGAAAAAGAAACCAAAGGAGGAUGAAGAUGAGGAGGAGGAGAGGAAGAAGAAAGAGGAGGAGUUUCUUCAAGAGACACAGAAAAAGCAGAAACCAAAGCGAAACUUUGGCCUGUCUGGGUGCCUGAAUCUGAAUCCAGCAUUGGAGAAAGAAAAGGAGACCAGCGUCGAUGAUUGGCUGAAAAGCGUCAGGCCUCCUCAAAGAAAGUCUUCCUCCCUUUUGGAGGCCAAUCCCUCAGAGGACCCAUACGAUGAUCUCGAUGCUUCUGCCUCUGAAUUUGAUUUCUCAAGCCGCAGAGCUUCCUACGCUGAAGAGGACGACGAGGAACCGUGCGGCAUCACCUCCAGAUAUCAGUCAAGGCUACGUGAAGAUCUGUCCAGUGAUAACAGCGAUUACUCCUACAAUGGGUUAGCAUCGUCCGACAGUCGAGCAGGAAGAUCCUACAGGGCUUACAAGGAGAGCGACGAGGCGACGGAGAGCUACAGUGACUUCUCCACCAAGAGGAAGUUCGCUCAUCAUUCACGAUACGAAAGCAGCGACACAGAAGGGAGGCGGAGCAGGAGAGAGGACGCUAGCAACGAGGAGGAGGAUGAUAUUUCUGCUUUUAUUGCCCAAACCAGGCAGCGAAUCAGAGCUCGAGCUGCCGCCGAGGCCGAAGACGACGAGGUGCUCAUAGCGUGGAGGGCGCAGCAGGAAGCUAAGGCUCAGAGUAGAAAUGAGUCCUAGAAAAUCAUCAAAAAGGGGUUUUUCUGUUUCUACCAGGCUAAAGCAUGACAUAUAAUCUGAGAUGAUUAAAGGAAUUCUUUUUAGGCACUAUUGUUAUUUAUUAAAAACAUUUAAAAGAAAAUAAGCGCUUUUAACUCCUAAUCAUGCAUGAAAACCUCAGACGAAUGAGUCCAGGAAGGUUUUCCCUCAUUCAUGGUUUUGUUUGCACAUUUGUUGGAUGUAAAAUUGCUCCUUAAAACACACAAAUAGUCUCUUUUCCUAAAAGAUUGAAUGAACUUUUUCUCCAGUUUGUACUGUUACAUAAUGUUGUUAUUGUAAUAAAUGUCCUGAUAAACAGUGACUUACGGUCUGGUUAUGUAAUCUAAAUGUGUCCCAAGCUGCCUCAGCUCAAUGAGAAGGCUGCAAACAUGAAACAAGUGAGAGUA